AUGACACACCUCCUCCCCCAAACCUGCUCAAACUAUUCGCUCCUCGCCCACCGCUCCCGUUCGUUCGGUGUGGCUGCGUUGUUGGCCGAGAUCAGGGAAGCCAACGAGCGCGGGAUUGUUGAGGCUGAUGAUCGGGAUCGGGAAGAGGGAGAGGAAAAGUUCACAUAUGCCGAGGAGAUCAAGCGUGGCAUCUAUCGUGAGCAGAGGCAGAAGAGGAAAAAGGAGGAGUUCCAAAAGGCCAAGGAGACGUAUAAACCUGCAGACGACCCCGAAGCAACCGGAGAUCCGUACAAGACUUUGUUUAUUUCAAGAUUGUCUAAAAAUGCCACAGAAGACGACUUGCGCAAAGAGUUUGGAACAUACGGACGCAUCGAACGAAUCCGGCUCGUCAGGAACAAACGCGGAGUGAGCCGCGGGUACGCGUUUAUCGUGUAUGAUAGGGAGAAAGACAUGAAAGCCGCAUACAAAGAAGCCGAUGGGAUAAGUAUACUCGGCAAACGUAUACUCGUUGACGUAGAACGCGGCAGAACCGUCCGAGGAUGGAAACCCAGACGUUUGGGUGGUGGACUCGGAGGUCGACCCAAGCCAGUUGCACCCGCCGCCGAGCCGAGCCGCUUUGGACCUCCUACAGGAGGUGGAGGCGGAGGCGGAUUCCGAGGUGAUCGAGGCAGGGGCGGAGGAUUCAGGGGCGGUGAUCGUGGUGGGUUCAGGGGCGGACGCGGUGGCGGGUUUGGGGGACGAGGUGGGUAUGGCGGAGGAGGUGGUGACCGUGGAUACGGUGAUCGUGCUGGUGGAGGCGGUGGAGGAGGGGGAGGAGGUGGGUACGGAGGUGGAGGAGGUGACCGCAGCUUUGGGGGAGGUGGAGACCGCGGCUUUGGCGGCGGUGGGGGAGGGUACGGGGGAGGAGAUAGGGGGUACGGUCCUCGUGGAGGCGACUCGGGUCCAGGUGGGGGUGGUGGAGGGUACGGACCCAACAGGGGCCGAGGCGGAGGUAUUGGCUACCAAGGAGGCUUUGGUCAUGGGCACCAAGAUAGCGGGUAUGGUGGUGGCGCGGGAGCAGGAGCAGGAGCAGGAGGAGGCGGUGGAGGAGGAUACGGCGGCGGUGGGCAAGAUAAUGGGUAUCCUCCCAAGCGCGGUUACGAUGAUGGACAGGACCGGGAUUCCAAGCGCACACGGUACUAG